AUGCGAGAGCAUCUUGAAUUCGCCUGUGUUAAACUUAACAACACACAGGUUCAGUUGAAUGAGCAACGAGGUCAGUUAGAUGAAAUACGAGUUCAGUUAGUAGAAACACAAGCCAGAUUAAACUGUUUAACCGUUGAAGAUGGUCGCAAAAAACGUUUUAUUUGGAAGAUUAAAUCGUUCAGUGAAAUUUUGAGGCAAGCAAAGGAGGGAGUAAAGGAAAGGAUAGAAAGUGAUCCAUUCUACACUGGACGUUAUGGCUACAAAUUAAAAGUGUUUGCCUAUCCUUACGACACCGGAUUUUGUUUUAAUCCCCAUGAAGUUCCCUAUCUCUCGAUCGCCGUCGUUUUGAUGGAAGGUGAAUAUGAUGACAUAUUACCCUGGCCUUUCAGAAAGAAAAUAACGGUCACAAUGAUUGAUCAAAACAAGGAUCUAAAAGAAAGGCAAAACAAUAUUUAUUAUUUUAAAAGCCCAAGAAAACGGGAAUUAAAAGACACGAUAUUCUCAGAAAGACCAGGAGAAAAAAUGAAGGUAGUUGAAAGUGAGCUACCGUUUUGCAUACCUCAUAAGGAACUUCAAACAAGGCGCUACAUUGUAAAUGACACUUUGUUUCUUCAGGUCGACGUAACUCCUGAUGACUAG